AUGGAAGAGCUAAAGAACUAUGGGCAUCAACAUCCACUGUUGAUGUUAAAUGAAGAGCAGUUGCUUGGCAAUGGCAAUGGAGUUGUUGAUUGCUCAAGGUGUGGGGAGAAGGUGUCAGCUCCAUGUUUUAGCUGUGUGGACUGCUGUGGGUUUUACCUCCACAAGACAUGUGCCGAGGCACCUUUAGAGCUUAAUCAUCCUUUUCAUCGCCACCAUCCUCUCGUGCUUUUGCAGAAUCCACCAUCUUCUUACACAAGGUGCGUUUGUGAUUUAUGUGAUGAAACAUGUGAGAAAUUCAUUUACCAUUGCUCUUGUGGCUUGUACUUUCAUAUUAAAUGUGCUUUGUUAACAUUUAACAUUGCUGAAAGUAAUUUGAAAGAGCUUGAGCAUGUUGCCCUUGAGGAUCCAUCGUUUUCCUCUAAAAACGAUGGUGGAAACCUGGGUGAGUGCUUUGGGUGUUGGGAACCAUUAGCAAUGUAUACAUACUUCUCUCUUGAUUGUGGGUUUAAUUUGCAUAAGAGGUGUGCUGAGCUUCCUCUCAAAAUGGAUCUUUUGUGCCAUCGCAAACAUCCUCUUGUUUUGCAAUUUAAUAGUGAACGGCUUGCUUGCAAAGUGUGCCAAGUAACUCAACAAAGAGGAUUUGUGUAUGGUUGUUCACCUUGUGAGUUGGCUAUUCACAUUGAAUGUGCGUCGCCAUUACCAGUUAUCGAAGAUAAAAGUCAUCAACACCCAUUCACCUUGUUUUGGAGACAAAUUCCAUUCAUUUGUGAUGCUUGUGGCACUGAAGGACAUCAUGUUGCCUAUACAUGUGGUACAUGCAGUAUUAUGGUACAUAAAAAAUGCAUUUCAUUGCCACGCAUUAUCGAACACGCGUUCCAUGUUCAUCGUGUUUUUCACACGUAUUUCAUUCGCAAGGAAUAUUUUGAAAGUUUGAAUUGCAUAUGGUGCCAUGAAGUUGUCGAUACAGAGCACGGUAGUUACUUCUGUGCAGAUUGCAGUGUUAUAUUACAUGUGGAUUGUGCAUUGAAAGAAGAGCAGUUGUAUUGCAUAGUAUCACAGGAAAAUGAAGCUGACAAGUCUCUUGAUAUACCUGUUAACUCCAUCACUGAGGUUCUUGAGACGAAUGAUGCUGGAGAAGCCACACUCAUAGAACAUUGCGAGCAUAAGCACUACUUGAUGUUAAGUGACAACAUCAGAUAG